AUGGAUGAGAUCUCUACCAAGAGAUCUCCCCAGUCUAACGGCCAACUACUUCCCAACCAAAAGAUGCGCACAACCUGUAACGCCUGCCAACAAGCGAAGAUACGAUGUAGCCACACUUACCCGUGCGAGAGGUGUGAGAGUCACGGGUAUGAGUGUGUCUAUUCGAUCUCGCAACCGCUGGGCCGGCCGGCGAAGAGGAAGACAACCCGGCCGGCAUCAGCAGGGGCAGGCGUAAAGACGCGCAGGGGGGAGGCGGAGGUAGUUGACCGUCCGACUCGACGAACUGCGGGGAGGGCACCGAGGCCAGCCCCGGCAGUAAGGGCGCAGAGGGGGCGCAGGGUCCCGAGUCGGAUCCCGAGUCCAACUACAGCAUCCGGCUCGGGUCCUGUUACAAGGGAAGAGUCGCACAGGAGCGACUCCAGCGCCGGCACUGAAGUCACACCACCGGAGGAAGACUUUCAGUGGCCGAGUUUCACAGAGUUGUUCUCGGACGUUCCAGAAAACGACACAGAUGGAGAUGGGAUCCAGGACCAGGAGUUCGUCAGCACAAACGAGGCCAAUAACCACCUCGAUCCAGGAUUCACCGAUACAAGCCUGGACAGCUCGUUUGACCGAGCUGACGGAUUCGAAAGUUUUGGGGGCCCCCGAUUUCCUGAGCCGCGUGUUAACUAUUUCACACAGUGUUAUUCUCCCCAGAUCGGUUUGAUGGUCGAUGAACCCCCAAUUGGAGGAUUCCUGCACACCGCUGCGCCCGGCACCCAGCCCGGGUCACUCUUUCGAGGUGGUACAAUCUAUCCCUUUAGCCUCGCACCGAACGCAAUUCAGGUCUCCGGAACAGUAGACGAUCCUGCUAGAAUCAUGGAAUUACCCUCCAAUGAAAUCUGGCCAGAAACCGUUGAAACUGAUUCCAGUCAAUCUCUUUUGCCAGGAGAGAUUGACCUUGAGGCACUGCCGGAAGAAGUCUCUUCCCUUCGCUGCAAUUGCUAUGCCCAAGCAUUCAGUGAAGUUGUGCGAUCGGAGGAGGCAAAUGGGCCAAACGCUGUAUUGCUCCACCUAGAAAGGGUGCAGCAACAGGGAGUGGUCAUCCUUCAAUGUCAAGUAUGCUUUGCCUCAGACGCCAGGGCUAACGUUCUCACAUUAUUAGUCAUGGCGAUUGAGAAAGCAGCACGGGCGUUGAAGGUGAGGGCCAAAUUGGCCACUACCUCGGUGCAAGGGGGGGUUUAUUCCGUGUGGGGAGAGGAGGACAUCAGCCAGAUGCGCCGUUGCCUAUCUCAUUUGUCAAUUAUCGUCCGUUUCAUCCACCAAGAUCUCCAGUGUGCUUCGCCUUCCAAAUGGCACCUGGUAAUGGCGGACGAGACAGAUCGUCGGCUACAGUCGAUCGUUCGAAUCUUCGAGUGA